ACUUGAAUUCAGCUAUUAGUCCCACCCUCAAACACUGACAGGGGGGAAGUAAACAAACGAGGCACAAAAUGUCCAAUCAUCAUUCCGCAUCACGAUUUGCUGCUACUUUCUCCCCGCGACACCCCCCCAAGUCCAACAAGAGCGGUGAUUGAUAGCAGAAAGAACAGCAAGAGCUGCCUCUGCCUUUUACAUUCGCGACAUCUAAUCGUGCAUCAACCGCGCAGUGCUCCGUUAGAUGGAAUACCCCACCAAGUCUACUCAAUAAGCGCGUCUCAAUUGCCAUCGCAUUGCCGUUUCAGUUGCGCGAACCAAAACAUAGCCUGCACAAGCCCACGCGCUCCCGACAAGCGUUAUGGCGAUGGAUUCCGACGAGAUAUUCUUCGUUUUUGAGCAUCGCCUGGACUCAUUCCAACGCCCUCAUCCCGUUGCACACGGGAAGGCGACAAGCGCGGCGUCGCGUGCGCCCAAGGCUCUGCACUGGCCGCACAAGGCGCUGUCCCCGGUCGCGCUCGCGAAAGCCGGAUUCUUUUUUGAGCCACAUCCCAAGAGCCCCGACAACGUGGUGUGCUUUCUCUGUGGCAAAUCUCUUGAUGGAUGGGAGGAGGGCGACAACCCGGUGGAGGAGCAUCUGAAGCACUCGCCAACAUGCGGGUGGGCCAUCAUGGCGGCAAUCGAAGCUGGCUACGGAAAUUAUGGGAAGGUGCAUCCGUUAGACCCCGCCAUGGUCGAGGCGCGGAAGGCCACGUUUGCAGGAAGGUGGCCAUACGAGUCGAAGAAAGGCUUCAAGUGCAAAACGAAGAAGCUGGUUGAGGGAGGCUGGAAAUACACUCCAACGCUCGACGCUGAUGACAUGGUAACCUGCGCAUACUGCGAACUCGCACUCGAAGGUUGGGAAUCCGAGGACAUUCCAUUUGACGAGCACUACAAACGCGAACCAAGCUGCCCGUUCUUUGCUCUUAUCAACCAGUAUCCUGCCCCUAAGAAGGGAAAGGCCAAAGGAGCUAGAACCUCAAAGGCCUCUCGCCUUUCAGUCCAAUCUGUCGCAACUGUUGCUACAACAGCAUCCGAUCUACUUUCUGCUGCUGACUUAACGGCCGAGCACGACGACAGCGUUAUGACCACUGCAUCCACAAUGACACAAGGAAAGAAAAGGACGACGGCGCGGGGCGGCAAGGCUACGACUGGUAGGGGGAGGAAAGCCAAAGCAAAGAAUGAUGAGCCGGUCGAGAUCCUGGAGGAUGAGCCGCAGGUGGAGGAGCCAAGCAAACGGGGCGCGGCCAGGGGACGUAAGCGUGCGAGUGACGCCAUGGAGGAUGCCGCUACCACCAACGCCGAGGAGCCUGCUCCGAAAAAAAGGGCUACGCGCGUGAGAGGAAGCGCCGCUGCGGACAAUUCCUCCAUUCCGGACGUCGAGAUGGUCGAUGCGAUCCCCAUGAAACAGCCAGUGGCCGGAAAGAAAGCGCGGGCAUCUACGGCAAAGAGAUCGCGCAAAGUUUCGCAGGCUUCCGUCAGCUCUCAAGCAUCCACCGCACCCCUACGCGCCGACGCGCCCGAUGACGACGAGAUUGAUCGUCAAUUAGAAGCCGAUCUCGAGCGCUACGAGACUGAUGUUGAACGUGAACGGGCUUCCGUUGAAAAGCCGCCUGCUCCAAUUCGUGGAAGGCCCAAGAAGGCCGCUACUGCGCGCAAACCAAGCACUCAACGUGGAAAGGGCCAAAGCGAGUCACAUGCCAUGUUUGAUCCUACCCCGAUGGUGCCGGAUGAUGCUGAAAUCGACGCCGAAUUUGAGGCGUUGCGGGUCGAAGUACAGGUGCAGCAGCCUGCAGCACCAGAGACAGUGGUUGUACCCAAGAAGGGCCGUAAGGCGGCUGGAACUCGAAAGGCAUCCAAACAGACGAAGAAAGCCAAGGCGCCAGUGGCCCAGUCUGAGUCGGUAGAACAGACUGUAGAGGGCACGUCCGAGCCAGUUCAAGAGUUUAAGCAAGCAGACGAGGAGGUGGAGGAGCCAAAGCAGGAGCAAGCGCAGGAGCCAGUAGAGGACCCUGAUGGAAAACCAGACUUGUACCCUGUUUUGCCAGCCCCGAGCGUUGCGCAGCCGGAGAUGGCUCGCACUCGUUCGUCGUUGGUGUCGGCGCCAAAGAGCACUCCUGGAAAGAUUCCGAGGAAACCAGUUCCUGCCACUUCCUACUAUCCCCCCAAUUCGACUCGAUCUCCAGCUCUGGCCCAAAAGUCUGGUCCAGUGGUACCAACGCCGACCAAACUGGAAAGGGCGCAUCCCGGGCCGCCAUCAUCAGCCAGCCGGCUCCCUGCCCCGGCAACACCGCGGGCUCGCGGGACUCCGUUGAGGCGCGCCAGCCAAGCGGUUAUCUCGCCUUCACAAUCGCCACAAUCCUCCGAUGCGGAGAACCGCCCGCCAGCCUUGAGGCCGGCAGCCAGCAUUACAUCCAAGCGCGUCGCGCUCGCCACUGUCUCGCAGCAGACUCCCCUGCGCAACUCCCCCUCAAGGCGCAAUAUUGUUGCUGGACUGCAAAGCACCACCCCCUGGCAACCCGCUGAUCUCGACAUGCUCUUCUCUCCGACUAAGAGUUACGAGGGUGCGGACAAGGAGAAUAGCGUCGCGCGACUGUUGCGCAAGGGCAGCGAGCUGACGAGCCCGGAGAAGAGGAUGACGGUCGAGGAAUGGAUCUACCACAAUGCAGGGCUGGCGGAGCAGAAGCUCAAGCAUGAGUGUGAGACGAUGGUGUCGACUUUUGAGCGGGAGGGAUGCAGAGCUUUGAGUGUGUUGGAGGGGCUUAUCAUCGACUGAAGUGUUGCUUGUAUUGGGUUGUUGGCUUCUGUUAUGGACGGGUGCGUCGUUGAAUAACCGUUUACUUGGGGUUGUUUUGGGUUCUGUUUAGAUCAGCAGGGUACAACUGUUCGGCUCAGCUAGGCUUGGAGCUUGGGUGCUCUUAAUUGAUUUGUUCUUGUCUGAGCCACUUGCAUCUCAC